GAAGCCCGAGGAAGAACCAAGUCCUGCGAAGGAAUAAAAAAACAAACGAGUGAAGCGCGUUUCUAGAAACGAAAAAAACAGAAUAACAACUCGUAGCGCAGACGACAAGUACAGUAUUAUAACACUCCCAGGCGUUCUGCGGUGUGUUCUAUUGUUUGUGUGCGACAGGAAACGAAAGAAAACCGUGCACACGCACGAAAGCCAGCUUUGGCCCAAGCCCCAGAAAGUGCUCGCUACGGCUACGGAUCGAUUUCGAUUGCGCACUGCCCUUUUCUCGUAGAAAAAUCCAUCAAAAUGCCUGACAUUGUGAAGAUUUCAGGGGAUCACAUCCUGAUAUACGAGGCAUACUACAAACAGCUUGAUCCUAAAGAAACGAAUGAAAUCGGUGCAUUGGAUGCGGCGAAAUUCCUCAAGAAAUCUGGCCUCAGCGAUGUCGUCCUCAGCCGCAUCUGGGAUCUGUCCGACCCGACUGGCCAGGGCUACCUUACCAAGGAGGGUUUCUUCGUUGCGCUGAAGCUGAUCGGUCUUGCACAGGAAGGCUCGGAAAUCAACCUCAAGAACAUCUGCAAUGAGCUGUCGAAGCCACCGAAAGUGGGUGACUUACCAAAGGUACCGGCGCAGGUGAAACUGCUACCGGCCGAAAGCACAGACUGGUCGAUGAAGCCGGAAAGACGUCAGCAGUAUGAGAACCUUUUCGAGUCGCUCGGCCCCAUGAACGGUCUGCUGCCGGGAGCAAAGGUUCGCUCGACGCUGAUGAACUCCAAGCUGCCGGUAGAAACACUCGGUCGCAUCUGGGAUUUGGCCGACCAGGACCGGGACGGAAGUUUGGACAAGCACGAGUUCUGUGUGGCCAUGCAUCUGGUGUACGAAGCGCUGGACAAACGUGCCAUCCCGGCCAUGUUGCCGCCGCAGUUACAGCGUAACUAUGCUCCUCCAUCGCAAAACGGUGGCUUCGAUGCGUUCGGUGGUGGUGCAGCCGAUGGUGGAGGAUUUGUGGCAAACUUCCCGACCGACAUUGCACCUCCGCCGGUCGUGCCACCGCUGCCGGCCGCUUUGGCCCGUCCACCGCCGCCGGCCACAGGAAUGGCUCCGAUCAUUCCUCCCGUCCCGAUGGUGCCGCUCGUGCCCACCGGUGGUGGGGCUCCGAUCGAGGUGACCAGCUGGGUUGUGUCUCCGCUGGAGCGCUGCAAGUACGAAGAGAUUUUCAACAACAGCGAUACCGAUCGAGACGGGCUCGUGUCGGGACUGGAGAUUAAGGACGUUUUCAUUAAGUCGGGCGUGGCGCAGAACAAGCUGGCGUUGAUAUGGGCCCUGUGCGAUACGCAUCAGUCGGGCAAGCUGAAGUUGGAGGAGUUUUGUCUGGCUAUGUGGUUCGUCGACCGGGCCAAGAAGGGCAUUGAUCCACCGCAGGCGCUCGCUCCGAACAUGGUCCCACCGAGUUUGCGGAAAAGUUCACUCAUUCAAGAACCACCGCAGCCAACAUACAGCAACCCAGAGCUGGAGAUGAUAUCCAAAGAGAUCGAAGAGCUAGCCAAAGAGCGCCGUUUACUCGAGCAGGAGGUCGCUCAGAAGGAGGCGGACGUGCGAAUCAAAGGAGGUGAAUUGCGAAGCUUACAGAGUGAAUUGGAUACGCUGACGGCUACAUUGAAGCAGCUGGAAAACCAAAAAGGUGAAGCGCAGAAGCGACUGGAUGAUCUGACAAACCAGGUGAACAAAAUACGGGAGCAGUGCCAGAAGCAAGAAGCGACGCUCAAAGAGCAGGAAGGUGAGCUGGACUCGCGCCGUUCCGAGCUGCAGAAGCUGAAGGAGGAAGAGCAGUCGCUCGAAAAGGAGUACAAUACCACCACCAAAGAGGUUGACCGGCUGACUUCCCGACUGCAGGACACACAGCUCGAGCUCAGCCAGGUGAAGGCGGUCAUGAGCCAGAUCGAGGAGUACCAGCGCCAGAUGACGGACGCGCUCUCGAUGUUCCGGUCCGCGAUCGAAUCAAACGAUACGAUCUUGGUUUCGGACUAUGCGCUCAAGAUCGAGCCAGAGUUUCGCGAGGCAAGGCAGGCGCUCGAGGAGAAGGAGGUGGAGAACGCGAAGAAGCGCGAUCCGUUCGGGGACAACAAAGCGAACGGGUUUGGCUUGGAUGAACCGGCCGCGACCGGUUUCGGGGAUGACUUCAAGACGAACGGCUUCCCGACUCAGUUCGACGUUGGGUCGAACGGCGGAGGAGUGACCGGUGGCUUCGGAGACGAUGGAUUCGGAGCGUUCGGUAGCUCCAGCAUGGCCAAAACGAGUGGCGGUGGGGCCACAGAUCCGUUCGCGUCGGCCGUAGCGGAUCCCUUCUCUGAACGGAAGGGCAGUGGGGCUGAGCCUGCCAAAGAUGAAUUCGGAUGCGAUCCGUUUGCCAUACUACACGCUCCGACAAGCGCCGGCCAGACGCUAACACCUAGCCCAAGCCGAUCCGUCGCACCACCACGACCGGAAUCGCCAAGCCCGGCCUUGCCUCCGAAGAAAGCGAAGCAACCACCACCGCGCCCUGCUCCUCCUCGACCAAUGCAGGGUCCUACACCUACCAAACCUGCUCCGCCGGCGUCGGAUGCAUUCGGUGAUAGUAGCGGCGGUGGCAGCUUUGCCAAUUUUGCCGACUUCGACAAUAAGAAUCUCAAGCCAGCAGCCGCCGCAACGAUCGUACAACAGACGGCGACAGCAUUUGCACCAAGUAGUGCCGCAUUCGGUGGAAGCAAUCGAUCGUUGACGGGUGGAAGCACCAUCGGUGGAUCGUUAGCGACGACCGUAAUCACCGUCGAAACGGCAACUCCACCGGCGAUGGUUCCGGCACAGCGAGGAGCGACACCAUCGUCACUCCAUUCGGCCGCACCGACCCCCAACCCGACCGCUGUGGACUUUGCCGAUGAUCCCUUCAAAGACUACCGGUACGAGGAUCCGUUCAACAUCGAGGAUCCUUUCGCGGAAUCGGAGGAAAGCGGUGUUGUUUCAGAUCCUUUCGCUUCGCCUGCGAAAAGCAACAAGGUGUCCGCCAGCCUCGCCAACAACUUCGAUGGCAAGUUUAGCAAAUCCAACCACACCUCGAUGGAGGAGUUGAAUGAACUGUUUCGCACCACGCGCUUAUCCGGGGACGGAGGCAACGAGACGACGCUCAACAACACCACCGUCAGCCAGCUGAACAAUAAUACUCUCUUGGCCAACAGCAGCAGCGGUGGUGGUGGCCCGUUCGGAAAGCUAACAGCCUCCUCCACAUCGGCGGCGGCCGAUCCGUUCGAUGCAUUUAACGAUAACUUUACGAAAAACAACAACCAAACCGACGAUGCCCUCUUCAACGCGUUCGGUGGUACGAAUGGUAGCUCCAUGGCCAUCACCGAUAGCAGCAGUCUAUUCGAUGCAUUCCAAGCCACAGAGACGGCGGCUUCUUCGGCGUUCGCCACCUCAUCCCCGUCAGCCACCCUCUCGUCGGCGACAACCGGCGGAGCGACAGCGAUAAAAUCCUUCGAAGAUGAAUUCUCCAAAAUGGAUGCCGCUAAUGUGGCCAACAAUAAUCUCACCACGCUGGCGUUCGGCGCUGGCACCAACAACAACAACAACAACGAGUUCGAUGCAAAGUUUGACGCCAAGUUCGAUGACGCAUUCGGUGGUGGUGCGUUCAGUGUAACGGAAACGAUGCCGAACAACCUGCAUCAUGCAGCAUCCGCCAGUGGCACCAACGGCAAGCCGCGGUACGGGAUGAUGGGUGGAACACUACCGCCACCGGUGAGCAAAUCGGCGAAAGUGCUCAACACCAGCGCUGGAGGGCCCGCGACGGGCAGUUUGAAGAAGGUGGCCAACGUUGACGCUCCGGGCCAGUCGGUGGUCGAGCGAUUUAAUGCCGACUACUCGAAGGGGGAAGCGUUCGAUGCCGACCUGCAGGCCGUCCUCCAGCGAUCACUGGUCGAAAAAUAAAACCACAAUUCCGGAGCACAAGAUGAUGAGAGAGCAUCACAGCAGAGCUGGAUGUCCAUCAUCUUUUUUUUCUGUUGUAUUACCAAACAGUUUUAUCACUCGGACCUACAGUUCCGGGGCGAUGGAUUGAUGAACCGAGACGAAAAGUUUUUGAACCAUCGAACGAUUCCAAUAACGUAUAUGUAGAGAUUUAUAUAUCAUCGUCAACGAACCAUGCACGUCAAUUUAUUUGCAAACUGCAUGUCUUCUUUACAUCACAAUGCACCCAUUUGUGCAAUUGUUCGAUUACCGAUAUUACACACGCGAAAACAAUUCCAUUCGAAACCGGAACAGUUAGCUUUAAAGAAAUUGUUUUUGUUCCAUCUUUUUUUUUUGUUUUUUGUACUUUUGUAUUACCCUUGAGCCCCAUUUUGUUUUUCAAACUGUUAUCGUAUAAUGCCGCCGUAAAGCAGGCAAUAUAUUAUUAUACUCUCAAACGAUCAUUAACGCUAAAGCAUAGUGUGCAUGUAGCGUAGAAGAAUUAGUAAUGUUAUGCGAAUGUACAAGACAAAUGAAGUGUAGUACCUCUUAGGAUACAUGAUACGGCUUCCUACAGCACAGGCGUUGGUGGCGUGUAAAUAUUAGCUGCUGUGGAGAAAUCGCGACAAAUGUGAAUUUAUUGGAACUAUAAUUCCCGAGCGUGGUGGAACAAACCUAAACAGAUAUCGAAAGAUUUCAUCCAAGAAUACAAAAACACUACUGCACACAUAGUAGGCCACGGUAAUGUAAUGUAACGCGUGCGCAAACACUCAAGAAACCCGGUAGGAUGGGAGGAUUUUGUUCUUGGUUUAUUUUGGACUCUUUGUUCCUUUUUUUAAAUUCAUCUAAAACGCUUUAUAAACAUUUCAUUUCCAUUACGAUAUCAUUGAGAAGAAAUUAUAAAACAGAAUUUAAACGUGGAAAGGAUGCACGAAAGCACAAUCCUGAUGAAAUUAUGAACUUAUUCAAUGAAGUGUCCCAAUUGAUUUUGUAGAUGCAAACAAACGCAUAGUGACAGGGAAACCAUACAAUGUAAAACCAGAUUGAAUUUAUUUAGCCAUCUCGGCGACCCACUCCUCAUAUUAGCGAAUUGAAUGAGUAAUCCAAAGUGGUGUUCAUUGGAGUGUGCUUAACGCAACGAAACAAGCGAAUGGUAAUUCUUCGAUAGUGGCUCUUGUAGAACGAGGGAAUUACAAUGUUACUAGCUUUUUGGAUGUUUGUGAAUUAAAAUAAAGGGUAAUCUCCUACUCAGAUUAGACCGAAAACGCCGUAUCUGUGUAUUACCGAGGCAAGCACAUUAAAGUAAUAAAGAAUAUAUAUAUACAUGAAA